CCUAAAUCUCCUCUCUUCUUUAUACUUUUUUAAUGAGUCAACGUAAUUCACUUAAACCAAGCUGCGACUGUGCUAUUGACAGAGCACUACACCACGAUGAAAACUAUAUCUUUAUCACGGGGGCUCAAAAACAAUCAGACUCUCCUUCUGGUAAAAGUUAUAUUGCCUAUCAUAUCCGUAUUGGUGACAUUGAAACAAAACGAAGAUAUAGCGAAUUCGAGUCCUUUCGAAAAGCAUUGACUUUACUCCAUCCUGCCCUCAUUGUACCGCCCAUACCCGAAAAGCAUUCCUUGGUGGACUAUGCUGCAUUGCAAACAAGAGUCAAGGAUGACUUACCCAUGGUUGAAAAAAGAAAACGCAUGCUUCAAACAUUUUUAAAUCGAGUUGCCAAGCAUCCCGAAUUAGGCAAAGAUCAUGUCUUUCACCGAUUCUUGGAAAGUGGCGGCUCUUGGUCGGAUGUGCUCCAUUCUCCCCCUUUGUCUACCUUACCAAAGAACCCGUUACAGAUGGUGCUCAGUAAACAACCCGACCUACAAGCCCACACAUUUAACCCGGUUUUAUCGAGCAAUUUAAUUCCUACUCCAUCAGCUGCAUAUCAAUUAAAAAAUCCGGAUCCAAGAUUUGAAGAAUCUGAGAAAUUCACCUUUCGCAUUGCUAAUUACAUGAGUAACAAUCUCGAUAAAAGUCAGCGCAAAGUCAUACGCCGCUUAGGAGAACUGGCAAACGAUUAUGCAGAAUUAGGCGCCGUCUAUAACGGCUUUAGUUUAAACGAGACGGGAAAUGUUGCAAAUGCCAUUGAGAAAGUCGGUCAGGCUGUGGAUGCUUCUUACACAGAAACAGGUCACAUGGUGACUUCCCUCGAGGGCGAAUUUGCUGAGCCAAUUCAAGAGCAUGCCCAAUUUGCUCAAAUCAUCAAGCAAGUAUUGAAAUUUCGCCACAUGAAGCAUGCUCAAGUUGAGCUCAUUGAAAACUCUCUCAACCACAAAAAGGAUACCUUGGAUAACCUUCUCAGAAUGGAAAACGAAGCAAAGCGUCUGGAGGAAGCCAUGACUAGAGAAAGAACCAUUGGAGCAAACGCUGUCAAUGUGGAUGAGAUCAAUGGAGAAGAGGAGGAAGAGAAUCCAUACCGUACUUCCAGUAACAGUAGCAGUAGUACAGUUCGUAUCGAUCGUCCUGCUAAUUGGAGUGGGGGUCCCAUGAAGGUCAUUAGUGCUGUAGGUCAUACCUUGCAGAAUAUCAUUGACGUCAAUCCAGAAGCAACCCGUCGUAAUCAAAUUGGCAUGUCUAAGGAUGCUAUGGGUGUCCUCCAAGAGGCUCUAGAUAUCACAAAGACCGAUUUAACAACCAUCUCUACAGAACUCCAAUCUGACCUCGACCGUUUCCAGACUGAAAAGAUACAAGAUAUGCGUGAUAUGCUAAUUGCCUAUGCCAAAAUUCAUAUUCGUUAUUGUCAAAAGAAUCUUGAAUCAUGGCAAGAAGCUCGUGCUGAAGUAGAAAAGAUACCAAUCUAGUUUUUUUUUUUUUUUUGUUCUGUCUAAAAAAAAUCAUAGCUUUCUCCCUCCCCAUCAUUCCCAUAUUCCACCUUCUA